AUGCUGCUUCUGCUGCUGCUGCUGAAGUUCAACAUUCUAAGCGGCCCUUUUUCCGGUCCAUUAGCGCCGAACAAUGCCGGAAUCGGAACCAGUCGAAUCUGCGCCCGAGCCACACUCUGUGCCGAUACACACAUCAUCUUCUCGACGAGUCAUCACCAGGAACCGCAAGCGAUCGCGCCGAAAUCCUCCGGCAGCCAGAUCACGAUACUGGACCAGAUUACGCUGCAUCCACCGCACACGAUCGUACCGUCAACUUCCGUUGGCACCGGUCUUACCAUCACACCGUCGCAAACCAUCGGUCCGGUCACCCACAUAACUCCCGCAGCAGUGCCAUCAUCGCCCGGAACGUCCCCGUUGGCAACGGGUGGCAAGAUGAUCACGCCGCCCAUUGGCACGAUCCCCGCAAACAAACUGGUCACGAUAAAGGGUCCCAAUCUGGCCGGAUUUACCCCGGUCAAAAGCGGCAGCAAACUGUCCGUGCACAAGCUCCAGCUGAUGCCGAUCGGAGGUCAACCGGGUGGAAACAAGAACAACGUCAUCGUCCUGCCGGCCAAGGGAGGCACGCUGAACCCGGGCCAGAAGAUCACCAUCCCGCGGAGUAGUGUCACGAGCGUGGUCGACCCUGCCACGAUCAUCAGUCCACCGAAGGUGAUCGUUCAGCAGCAACCCGAUCUUAACAACAUCGUACUGCUGGAUCUGGCCUCGGAACAGAACAAGCUCAAAACAACCACCCAACCCAAGUCCGUCAUCACGGAGGACACUCCGGUGGACAUUGUCUCGACCCCGCUCGACGUCGUAACCGGAGCGGUCAAACUUCAGGAACUCAAGGGCUUCCUCUCGCCAGCAUCGUCUUCCGGAACGAGCACGACGGCAUCACCCCUCACGGAGAAGAUGGUCAAACCCCAGCAGCCCAACAGCAGCGCCUCGAAAGCGACCAAAUUCGAAGCCGACAGCACAGCACCAGGUCCUUCCGCCGUCCCAAUUCCGAAAAAGACAAAAGCAAACCAUCAACCCCGAGGAUCGACAAGCGUAGCCGCCCUAAGCAAGAAGACGAAAGCAACCACGGCCGCGGCCAGUUCGACAACCACCGCCGGAAGUGACCCCACCACCGCCCGUAACCCCGCCAUGAGCAGUUCCACCGACUGGGAACUCGAACUCGACCAAGCGAACCAAGCCACCAACACCAAGCACCCAACCCAACCCAACCCACCCCCAAAAGCCACCCAGAAAUCCAGCUCAAGAUCCACAAUCCCCUCCCUGCCAGUAACCAACCCCCCAAUCCCAAAAUCCACCACCGCAACACCCUCAACCGGCGCAACAUCCAAAAAGGCCGCCCAACCGCUCUCAUCCAGCUCGAUCAGUUCAACCUCGUCGAACGCGUCGUCCCCAGUGGUCGUCGAGCAGCAGGACGUCCAGCGGAUAGCAGCCGCAGUCCAGCAGCCCAGGGUCACGGCACCACCGCCGCCACCGGUCACGCCCGUCGCCCAGAAGAUCGUACUGCCGGCGGCGCUCACCACGACGACGACGAGUAGUCCACCGAACGAGCGCAGCAGCGACGACACGUCGGCGACCGAUUCCGCCAACGCCGAGGAAGAUCCCGACCCGGAGUACCCGGCGUUCCGGGAGGCCACCAGCGAGUCGGACGAUGAUUAUGAGCACUUUAACGCGGUCAUCGAGGAGGAUCCGGACCCGGAAGAUGCCGAGGACAUCCACGGCGAGCGGGUUGAGAUUGUCAACGUUGGAUACGACACAUCCCGCGCCCUAAUAGCCGACCUGGAGGACACCUCCGGUGGAACUCCCACAGCCGCCACCGCCAUGAUCGUCGAAGAAGACGAUCGCAAUGGCGGCGGCACGAUCAACCCGUCGAGCAUGAACUUUGUGCAGUACAUCGAGGAGGCGGACGUCGGCGUCGGCGAGCUGGUGGUGGAUGCCAACGGCGGCGCCGCCGCCACAGGGGAAUCGACUUCCGGUGCCAACGGAACGCGAAACAUCACCUUCGAGAUGGUGGAGAUCGACUCGGAGGGGAACAAGCACACGCGGACCAUGUCGUACGAGGAGGCGCUCGCCGAGGGCCACAUCACGACGGAGGAGGCGGACGUCAAGGGGGGAUCUUCCGGUGGCAGUGGGGCAGCGGGGUUGGUGAAAGUGUUAUCAGACAUUACUUCUUAUAGUUUAAAAUCGUGAAAGAAAAAGAGAGCAAAUGGAACGUUUAAUUAUUUCUAAGCGUGCGUUUAAGCGUUGAAUAGUUUUAUGAACGAAAAUGUGUGAAAAAAGUUGGCGUGGUGCUUCCACAAAUGAAGCCACGAGGAAAAAGGCCCCCAAACACGCUGUUCGUUUGUAAAUAACAUAAACACACCCUUUUUUGUAAAUAGUAGCGAAUUAAGAGGAGAUUGCGAAGUAAAAAAAAUGAAUAGAAACACACACAUGAUGAUUUAAGAAAUCGUAGUUAAGCUAAACACACAACUUAGAUGUCGUCGUCGUCGUCGUCGCGUAUAUUCUGUAGCAAUGUAGAGAAGUUCGAAAAAAAAACAAUAGAAAUUGUGUGCACAUACAAGCAACUUUGAGCGCUAGGAUUAUUUCGCACAUCAUUCACUCACUCACAGCCCACAUUUAAGCGCGCAUAUUUUGAUUGAUUGUGAUUGUUAGUAGAACGAGAGAUCCCAGUACAUUAUAAUUACUGCAAACAUAUAUAAAUAUGACCCUAUUAUACAUGAAGAGUAAGGUAAAACAAAAUGCUGUCGAAAGUGGCGUGUACAGGCAACAAUUGGACGUACAAUUUAGGCAAUGGUAAAAUAAACAAAAGAAAAAAAAACAAACAUCAGUUUAACGAAAAUUGAGCAUAGUUUUUUUUCUUUUCUACAACUCUAGCUGGUAAGAUGUAUUAAUCUGUAAGGAAGGUUUUAAUUUCGCACUGACUCGCAGACCUGAUCGAACUACUUUUGUACCGCACUGAGAAAAAAAGAAACUGAAAAAUAAAUUCGUUAUUUAGUCAGUCAACCCCCCUCACUUAAUGGAAAAACACACAAACAUUAACACGAGAAUAGAACAAAAAAGAGAAAGCGUGGCGUGCAAAUAAUAAUUAUUUACAACAACAACAAAAACUCAAUAUUGAUUUCAAGAAACCCGGUGAGGAUAAGAAAACACAACACAAAAACAAUGAAAGGAAAAGCAUUAAAACAUGAUUUUUAAAAACCAAUAUUUAUAUAUUGAUAUAGCGACAAACUCUACAAGUAGUGAAAGAAGAAAACCGGAAAAAGAUGUAUGAAAACAUUGUAGCAGAAGAUAAUGGAUAUUAUUGUACAUUUGAUCUUUUUGAAAAGAAAUAAAAUUUUAAUUAAUGAUAA